GUGAUAUCACAUCAUUUCAAACCCAUUGCCACUCCAUCAGCGCUUCUCUCACUUACAAUACUGCUAUAGAGCUGCUUGACGAUACCUAAGGGUGGUGGCACCAACCCACUGUGCUUAGCCGUUAGCUUCAUGUCAGACGACUGUAUGGUUUUUAUUGCGGCUGUUCGGCUUGCAUCGCAUCGUGACGAUUAUGGUCAUUAACAGUGCAUGCGAUCAUGUCUCUUGCAGUGUGCGUGGCAUGCCGCAUAUCGGUUCGUAGAUUUGGACGCAAAUUCGAUGUGCAUUACGUGUGCGAUCACGUUUACAACUCUUUAGCCAACUUGUCCACGUUUUGCGAUUGGUUCGUUUGGAAUCGAUGUGGUCCUACUAAUGUGGACGCAUUCCGACAAUGUCAAUCGGUGCCGUAAACCAUACAGUAACAGAACAUGCAUUUGUAUGUGUGAUGUUCAAGUGGUGUGUUUGAAGGCCACGUCACAAUGGUACGGUCGAGCAGGCUCUUUAGCUUUAACUUACUCCACCGGCUAACUUGUUUGCUCUUCCCCGAUUGUCCCUGUCCUCUGUGCGUUUCCGCAUGUUUCACCAUCCCAUGCGGGUGUCAUGCGCGGAUGCGGCGUUCCAAUCUACCAAUGCACCGAUUUUUCCCUGGACGCGUCGAAUGGGAUCGUGCAGAGCGAGACAAACGUCCACCGGAGCAAGUUGUGCGGGAGACCAUCCAAAUGCGCUUGGAAGAGGCGUAUCCAAACGUACUAUCUAUGGAUGACCUUGUCCGCAUACUAGAAGUGGAUGACCGCCGUAUGCUGGAACUGCAGCUUGAAGUUCUGGAAGCACGUGACCUAGUACAGCUCGUCCCACUGGAAGGAAGACAUGUUGGUCAACUUGGGUUUCGCCGAAAAAUCCAUUUGCAGAAUCAAGAGGUUAAAGAAGUGAAAGGAGCCAACCACAUGCAGCAGGUGUCCACAUCGGAAAAGCCAACCAUCGCAAUAAUCACCAACCUGCUUUGUGAAAAACUGGCCGUGGAUGCCAUGAUAGAAGAGAAGACUACUUUUGUUCGCUACAAGACCGAAGGAGGAGAGUCGCAUGUGUACACUAUCGGGAACAUUGGGGCUCACCGCGUGAUCUCAACGAAACUGCCCAUGGUUGGAAGGGAGCUCCAGGCGAAAAUUUCUUCGGCUAGCAUCACGACCCGCCUACUUGGUGCAUUUCAGGCCGUUCAGCACGUAUUCCUCGUUGGUGUCGGUGGCAGCGUUCCUCAUGUGUACGAAUUUGAGAAACAUUCACGCCUGGGCGAUAUCGUCGUCAGCGCUCCCGUUACUUCGUCCAUGUGCCGCAAUCCAAAUGGAACCGGUGACCAUUCGGCUAACGGCGGAGUAUGCGACAGACAACCCGAACCCGUGUACGUCUACUGUGACAGACUAAUUGAACUAACCGAUGACGUUUCUCCAUCCGCUCCCUACAAAUUCGUUCUGAAGCAAUACAACAUCCCAGACCCAGUUCUAUUGGGUUGUGUCGACAGAGUACUCAAUCGAUUCGAAUCAAACCCAGCCGGUUGCGAAUGGGCCAAGAUUCUAACUUCAGCCGUGAAAGUAAUCGGCGAAGGUGACGCUGUCGAUUUUGCCAGGCCGUCCUCUGACACAGAUAAACUGAAGUUGAAGAUAGACGAGGGUGUGACGUUCGAUAUCAAGCAUCCAGAGGUUCCUGAGAAUAUGGAAUGCUUCUAUCCACCGGGAAUACCCGCUGUUCGAUUGGGUUGCAUUGGAUCGGGUCGGCCAAUAACGGAUAACGACAAGUUGCGGGACUGUUUCGCCAAAGAACAUCAGCUGCUAUCGUACGAUUCAGAGUACGAUCAGGUAUUGGAAUCGGUUUUGGGAAACGGGCUCCAGUCAUUCCUACUGAUUCGCGGCAUGGCUGACUAUGUGGAAGGUAGACAAGGAACACAGUGGCAGCCCUACGCCGCUCUGGCGGCUGCAUCCUUUAUGAAAGCGGUCAUCCUGGAACUUCCUCCUUGUGCAUUCGACGAAGAUUAAAAAUCGACGAGAUAAUACUUCCGAUCAAAUCGUAGUGCCUCCUAAUCGCCUUCGCUCAUUAAGAAUACCAAAGACUUUUGUAUGAUGCUUGCUUUACCGUUUCCACGAAAUCUGUACAGCUGUUCUUGUGCAAACUAUACAUCUGACUGCAAUCCGUGGAUCCGUUUCCUGCUCUCGAUCGAAUACAAAGCAUCACAAUUUUUUCUGCCGCUUGCGCCAUCUUGUCUUCCGUGAAUUUUUGCUUGUAUCUUUUAUGAUAUCUGCACUUUUGUACUAAAAGUCUCCCUUCAUGAUUCGCCUUUCUGCUGCUAAUAAAAAGGAGCUCUUCUGUCCUGGUCACCAUCAGCUAGAGUUCAGUGACUUUGUUUGCACAAUUUUUAAGCAUUGAUAAUAUCUUAUCGGCAUCGG